AUGAGCGUCCACCACCAGUUCGGCGCCUUAACCGGACGUUUGGUUCAUCCCACAGCGCCAGUUCUGCUUACCAAAAGUGGCCCACUGGGGGCUCGCAUUCAAAGUGACCAACACGCUCCAACCAAGCGAGCGCCACUUCUUACCCAUUUAAAGUUUGAGAAUAGGUUGAGAUCGUUUCGUUCCCAAUACCUCUAA